AAAAUAUUAUUGCCACAAUUGCGCAUGGCUAAUCUCGGGGAACUGAAAUUGUGCAUGUCUGUUCUCAAACCUGACAUACCUUUCUAUGAUAAAACUCUUCCAAGCCUUGACUAAACAGUCGAACUGUUGAAAAUUUCCUCAAAGCGCGUUGGGCAGCGGUGCGCUGGAGCGUAAAAGCGCGCGUCCAAUCCACAGCUACGCGCGUCCAUAAAAACGCGCCGCACAGAACGGAGCGCAAACCAUAACGCACAGAUCACACCGAGAGGUAGAGAGAAGGAGAAUGGGACAGAUCCGAGCUCAUGUCUGCUUCACAAGCGCGAACGAUUGAUUCCCAAACUCCACACGGGUCUCUUCGGAGCACAAGGAAUGUUCUAACAUCAUUGUUUUUCACUGCUGUAAUCCCGGCUUUGAGGUGUGUAUCAGUUCCAUGGUGUGUCUGAACUGUUUUGUUCCAGGACGAGAUUGUGUGCGGACAUGGAAAGUAUGAAACUACAAGUGUUUCACGAGUUAACACAGAGCACGGAGAGGAUACGAUGAGCGUCGGAGAUGCAGCACAGCUCGGGAAUGCGCGACGACAUCACGGAGCGGAACGCGAGUUUCAUGCUAAACAGAAGCGCGAACCACUCAUGGACGGACUUCCCGGAGCGCAGCGACUUGAUGAGCGAUGGUUCAGCCGUGUUGCGCAUCCUUAUCUCCACUAUUUACUCGGUGGUGUGCGCGCUCGGUUUGGUCGGCAACCUGCUCGUGCUGCACCUCAUGAAGUCAAAACACGCGUGGAAAAAGUCGUCCAUUAACCUGUUCGUGACUGGGCUAGCGGUGACCGACUUCCAGUUUGUGCUCACGCUGCCGUUCUGGGCGGUGGAGAACGCGCUGGAUUUUACGUGGCCUUUUGGCAGGGCGAUGUGCAAGAUCGUGUCGUAUGUCACAGCUACCAGUAUGUACGCCAGCGUGUUCUUCCUGACCGCCAUGAGUGUGGCGAGGUACCAUUCCGUGGCGUCGGCGCUGAAGAGCGGACGCAGGCGCAAGCGUCCGUCUGCGUGCUGUAUCAGCGCCGUGAUCUGGACGGCAGCAGUUGUGGCCGCGUUACCACAUGCCAUUUUCUCUACCACAGCCACCGUGUCCAACGAGGACCUGUGUUUGGUUAAGUUCCCCGACCCUAACGGCGACGCGCAGUUCUGGCUCGGCCUCUAUCACGCCCAGAAGGUUCUGCUCGGCUUCCUGGUGCCGUUUGGGAUCAUCUCAAUGUGCUACCUGCUUCUGCUGCGCUUCGUUACGCACAAGCGCGCCAAUGCGUCCAGCGCCAGAAGGCGCUCCAAAGUGACCAAAUCGGUCACCAUCGUGGUGCUGUGCUUCUUCUUGUGCUGGCUGCCUAACCAGGCACUGACCACUUGGGGCAUCCUGAUUAAGCUGAACGCCGUGCAUUUCAGCUACGAGUACUACACCGCGCAGGUUUAUGUGUUCCCAGUGACCGUGUGCCUGGCGCACUCCAACAGCUGCCUCAACCCACUGCUCUACUGCCUCAUGCGGAGAGAGUUCAGGAAGGCGCUCAAGGAGCUCUUCUGGAAGAUCGCUUCGCCCUCCAGUACGAAUACGCGACCCUUCACGGCCUGCAGCAAACCAGAGGAUGUGAAACAGAAGCGCUCUGUAGUGCCACUCAGCACACCCGACCCUGGCCUCGUCUUCUACCCACCCGGUGUUGUGGUGUAUAACAGGAGAAAUGACCUUCUGCCGAACAGCACGUAAACUGUACGCAAAAAAAAAAAAAAAUAAUAAUUAAUUAAAAAAAAACCAACACAACUGA